CUCUUUUCUCUCUUGCACGGGUUUGUUAUAAUUGGGAUGCAGGAUGCUGCUAAGAAUGCAGUUCAUGUUCGUGCUUUAACUUUUGUGUUGGGGUUAUCAAGCUGUAAAUUCUUCUCCUAGUUCCAGAAAUUAAACUCUUGACUCCACCUAUAUUGUGAAGUUAACACCAAGAACUCGGUUUUGGUAGAUUUGUUUUUGAAGAAGGAUGGGAGAAAGGAAAGUACUUAACAAGUAUUACCCUCCGGAUUUUGAUCCUUCCAAGUUGCCCAGGAGGAGGCAACCCAAGAAUCAGCAGAUAAAAGUACGUAUGAUGCUUCCAAUGAGUAUUCGGUGCAAUACUUGUGGAAACUAUAUCUACAAAGGUACCAAGUUCAAUUCGCGGAAAGAAGAUGUAAUUGGGGAGACAUACUUAGGAAUCCAAAUGUUCAGGUUCUACUUCAAAUGCACCAAGUGUUCAGCUGAACUGACAAUAAAGACUGAUCCACAAAAUUCAGACUAUGUUGUCGAAUCAGGUGCAACUCGUAAUUUUGAGCCUUGGCGUGCAGAGGAUGAGGAAGAAGAAAAAGAGAAGAGGAAAAGGGAUGCAGAAGAGAUGGGGGAUUCAAUGAAAUCUUUGGAGAACAGAACACUGGAUUCAAAAAGAGAAAUGGACAUACUUGCUGCACUGGAUGAAAUGAAAUCAAUGAAGUCAAGACAUGCAACUGUAAGUGUGGAUGCAAUGCUCGAGGCCUUGCAACGUACAGCUCAAGAAAAGGAGAAGAAGCUGGAAGAAGAGGAUGAGGCACUUAUAAAGUCAAUUUUUUUCCAAGGAUCAAGAAAUUUUGUUCGAAGAAUUGAUGAUGAGGAUGAAGAUGUGGAUGAUGACAACAAUUUAAAUCUACUUUCAACUGAUACUGGUGAACAAAAUGAUUCCAAAAGAAGGAAAGUUUCAGAAGAACCAUUGGACAAACCAACGGAUUCAUUGACAAAAGGCAGUACUUUUGACAGCUCAAAUGGUAAAGAAUCAAUUGGUGGUGCUGGUGCUCGUAAGGAAGGUAACUUUAUCUUUACCUCUUCCUCGGUCAGAGUUUCUGUCGUUAAAAAGCCUCUUUCCACUUCAAAUGCAAGUCAAGUAAAACAAGAAGAAAAUAAGCAAGAGGAACCAAAAACCAUUGCUUCCGGUGGAAAUCAAAUAAAACAAGAGAGCAAGCAUGUAGAAGAACCCAAAACUGGUGAUACAAGCACUGGACUGCAAGCCUUAUGCCAAAAUUAUGACUCUGAUGAUAGUUAUUAGUGUUUUUUUUUUUUCUUUUUUGUGUGUGUUUAUUUUAUAAGGAAAGCAACUUCAUUAUGUUUGAUAAAACAUUACAAACUGAUUAGAUGGCCCUUUGUAGUCAUUAUGUAUUUGGGCUUUACAUGCCAAAAGGAAAGAGCUGGACCAUUUGGUUAAUUUGUAAUGGAUAUCAUCAAAAUGAUGUACAAUAUUUCAAAAACAAUUCCAAUGGAGCUGUUCAAUCCA